GGGGGGGGGGUUGGAGCCGCAAGCUCCCCCCUCCCCUCGCGUUUUUGGGGGCUCGCGCAGCUGAUUUCGCAUGCGCAUCCCCUCUGAUGGUGGAGGCUCUCACACGUGUGUCGCCCGCGACCAAUGGGAGCGCGCGGCGCCUUCAAAACACGCGGCCCGGUGUUGGCGGGGAGGAGCGCCGCCGCCGCCGAUGCAGUCGCACGGCCGCUAUUGGGUCGCGCGCGCGCCCGCAACAGUAGCAGCAACAGUAGCAGCAACAGCAGUCGCACGCGCAGCAGCAGCGGCGGCAGCGGCGGUAGCAGCAAGAGGAGCAGCAGCAGCAAGAGGAGCAGCAGCAGCAGCCGCGCCGCGCUGGGCAGCUCGGCUGUCAUGAUGUCCGCGUCAAAGGGAAGCCAGGGCCGCUACUUCGUGGACUCCCUGGUGAGGCACGACGGCGAGGAGCUGAUGGCGCCGCUUCACGACGCCGGCGCCCCCUUCCAGCUGCCCAAGCCCGCGGCGGGGCUGAGCGCGGAGUACCCCGCGUGCAGCUUCCAGCCCAAGCCCGCCAUGUACCAGGCGUCGUGGCCGCACCAUCACGUGCACACGCAGCUCAACGUUUACGCGUCGCCGACGGCGGUAGCGCCCGAGAGCGCGUACGCGCGCUCGUGGCUCGAGUCGCUCGCCGGCGUUGGGGUCGGGGUGGGUGGCUCGCACGCGGCCUUCCCCCUGGCGGGCAGGCAGUGCGACGUGGCCCCGAUGGGCGGCGAGGGGCCCGGCCUGGGCAGGUUUGACGCGGAGCCCAUCCUGUACCGCGGCUUCGCUCCCGAGGCGCCGCUCGACGGAAGGGGCGUCGGAGGGGACCCGUGCACCGACACGAAACUGGGACCACUCGACUCCAGUGCGGAAGAGAAACGUCAAUUGGAAGCAAGCGACCCCUCGGUGAACUGGCUGCACGCGCGCGCUGGGCGCAAGAAGCGCUGCCCCUACUCCAAGCAGCAGACGCUGGAGCUGGAGAAGGAGUUCCUCUUCAACAUGUACCUGACGCGGGACCGGCGCUACGAGGUGGCGCGCGGUCUCAACCUCACCGAGAGGCAAGUCAAAAUCUGGUUCCAGAACCGGCGCAUGAAGCUGAAAAAGAUGAAGAAAGAGAAGAGCGAGGAUCAGGGCUGACGUCUCGUUCUCUACCCCCCCCACCACCCCACCUUUCUUAACCCCCCCCCCCCCAACUCGCCUCCCUCCACCACCGCCGGCCAUACUACCGCACUCUCGCCCCGCAUUGCGAGGGGGGCUGGGUUGGGGGUAACCCCGGCACAAGACCACAAAAAAUGACAAUAUCCACCCCCACCAAGCACCCCUCCCUCCCUCCCCCCGGUAUUGUUCUCGGCGCUGACAACACUGCAGCGGGGAAGUGCGGGGGACGUCUUGCUGCGUGAGCCGAGCGCUCGGAACAACGCGGUUCCUCGUUUGGUCGGGGCAGGAAGAGGCACCCUCGCCUCGCUCUGUCUAAAAACAAAUGUGAUGGAAAAAAAAACAGCAACAACAACAAAUCCGCUACAAAUUGGCCGCGAGCACAGCAAUUUAUUUCGUGACGUUUUCGUCGAGUUGGCUACGGACUUGACCACGUGUGUGUGUGUGCUCGCGCGUGGGUCUGUACGUGUGUACGUAUAGUCAGCAAUAUUGCAUGUAGAAUUAUAUACACACACACAUCGUAGACGUCCGGCGAAUCGCGACUACUACUAUUGUUAUUAUUUUCUGUGUAAAACUUGAAACGCGAGCACAUGUUCCAUUUGGACAGGUAUUUUAUUAAGAGGAGGGGCGGGGGUUGGGGUGACCACCUCUCGAUUGUUACACGGGGAGCGAGGGUCCGUGACGACCUGGCCGGGCCGAGCGAUUGCCAUCAUCACCACCGCCGCCACCAUAACCGCCGCCACCACCACCGCCUCAUCACCAACGCCACCACCACCGCGCUUUUAGACAAUAACGCAAUAAUUUCCACCGCCAAAUUUUCGUUGUUGUAGUUGUU